AGUUCACGAUCAGGAGGCGGUGACUCAGGAGUUUUGGGCGGAGGUUUCCUGGCCUCUGUAUUGUGGACUGUCCUGAGGCAAUGGAAGAGAGGAGUGACUGAACCUGCAACAGAACAAUAAGAGAGAAAAUGAGAGUUAGAGAUGGUACCAGGACAACACAUACCAACAAAUGGGGUGAAGGCAGAGACUGACCAAACUGAAGGCAACCUGAAUCUAAAGCCUGAGCGACUUCCUGAGCUGGUCCCUGAUUGUGAAGGAAAUGCCAUUGGCCCUGACCUCAUCAGCUCCCAGCCUGUAGCUGCUGCUGCUGCUGCCCUGGCCCAUUCUCCGGCUGCUGCAGAUGGACCCCAAAGACCCCAGUCCAAGGCCCAAACCAGACCCACCUGUCCCCAGUGCAGUCUGCCAAUUCCAGAGUCCAAAAACCUGAGAAGACCAGGCGGCUCCAGUCUAUCUGUACACAGCAAAAACAGCAAGAAGAGCCAGAGUAAAGCAGGCAGUGUGGCCAAUCUAAACCCACCUCCUGUUAAUAGAAAUGGGGACGUGUGUUUUGACCUGCUGUUGUCGUGCCUCUUCUGUCACUGCUCUGCUCUCCUCCUGGGCCUGUUGGACCUCUGCUUCUCUGGACUCUCCUCUCUGUGUUUGGGGUGUGGGGAGGGCUGCGUUCACUGCUGCUGCUCCGGACAGGGCCCCCCGGUGGAGGAACUGAGCUGCCACACCCACUGUCACUCAGUCCUGGUCCAGUCCUGUUGUGAGCCCAUAGAGUGCCUGGAGUUCUGCCUCGAGUGCUGCCAGAUCUGCCACAGGAGCUGAGAGGAACAGGGCUAUCGAGGUCAUUUUAAUAAUGGACACAAGAGAGGUUAAAAUGGUGCAGAAUAUUGAUGAUUUUCAAACAGUAAUUUCACAGUAUACAGUCAAUUUGUUAAAAAUAUAGAAUUCUGUUCAGAGUGCACAAUGUAAACAACUCCAGGAAUAUCUAAAUUUGAGAGAGGACUGAAAUAUGAACUGAUAAACUAAUAAAACAAACACGUGACUUUUAGAACAUGUCUGAAGAGGUUUACACUAAAUGGUACAAUAUUUCUCUUUAACACAGGGUAGUUCAUUCUUUACAGAUCAAAUAUCUAAGUAAUUCCAGCUUUUGCUAUUCGAUAAUUGCACUAAACUAAUAUUUUAUUUGAUUGCAAUAUAUGAAAGAAAAAGAAAUGUGUUGACGACCCUUAAAACACUUAAAACACUAUGCUCACCCCCAUGACCUGCUUGGAAAGUCACUAAACUCUUUGAUACUUGUAUUUAUUAUAAACAUGAUACGCUGUUAGUCAUUUAAAUCAUACACACCCAAAUGUUGGUUCAGACUAUUGUUACGUGCACGUGUAAAGUAUUACUGUUACAUUGUGCAAUAGUCACUCUGCAACAUUAAUUAAGAAAUGUACAACAAAUAAUGCUUCAGUAAUAUUUAUGUUUUUCAUCCUCAGCUACAACUUCAUGCAGAGGUUUUGAAUCAACAGACUCUAGAUCAUUUCAAAGUAAAAUCGUGUUUCUAUUGACAAUUCUCACUUUUUUCCGUCUUGAUAAAGCCUUUUGUUUUACAUGUAAAGACAUUGACCUCUGGAGGCUCACACACACACACAGGUCUCAGUUCAACACACUUCUGAUGUUGUGAGAGUUCAGCUUUGACUUUUCGCUCCUUUCUGCAGAAAAACGAAGCACGUUACAAUGCUGUCAUCUCCUCCUCCAGCCUUUUUAUUAUUUGUCAUACAAAACAACAUGAAAGCAGCUUUAUUUUCUCUUCAUCUCUGAGAUUGAAGAGCGUUUCCUUUAGAAGUUGCAGAGAGGAAGCAGAGUAAACAGCCAAAAAUAAAACGCGCUGUCAGGUGAAGAGUGAAUUGAAUUUAAGUGUGUUAUUUAAACAUGUUUAGAUUUAAGCGUGACAUGAAGCAGCGAUGACGGGUAAUUUACCGCACACAGAUAUUGGGACCAACAAGUAAAUAUAGGUUUGUUCCACUUGUCCUGUGCAAUUUGUUCGACCCUUUACACAUAAGCAGUAUGUGCAGUAAAUCAGAACAACACAGCACAGGUGCAAGAAAAGAGCAGAAAUUAUAGAGAGAUUUUCAUUUUUUUUUUUUUUUUACAGACAGUGGCUUAGUAGUUAAAGUGGUCACCUGCAAAUGCUGAGGCUGGUGGUUCAAUUCCACUGCUGGACAAUGCAGUUGUGUCCAUGCGCUGAUUGACAGUCACUUCUUUGUCAGUCAGUCAUUUUAAGUGACUGAAUAAUACAUAAAACUGAAGCAACUUUGGACAGGCUCUAUCUGUGGAUUUCAGAAUGAUGAGAAAUUAGGACAGCUGCCAUAGUGAUUAAUAAUAAAAAAAAAAAAAUAAAAUGUUUUUAAUAGGAAAAACCCCCCCAAAAAAACUGUUGCAUAUAAUAGGAAGAAAAAUCCUCAAAUACAACUAACUCAAUAUACAAUGUACAAUAGAUUUUACCAUUUGUGUUGAGCAAAGGACACAAACUAGUAAAAGGAAUAGAACCACAAGCCUCAGGUGUUAAAUAUCCUGUUAAAACUUUUCUAAAAUGCAAAUUUAAAUAAAAUACAGUGGAAUGGGAAUAUUUUAUAAAUUUUCCAGUUGAGGAAAAAAUGAUUCCAUCUUCAGUAAAGGGACAGCUGAUGAAGACACAUGUCCAGAUUAAGAUGUUUUGAGCACGAACACAAGAGGAAUACACGGUACAGAGGAGGGAGAGUGGAUACAUGGUACAGAGGAGAGAAUCCUUUAUGUAUUUAAAGACUACUCCGUAUACCACUUGUUUAGUCCUAGUUAUAUCACAUUGGACAGGCGUUUAAACAGAAGCUGACGACCCAUUGACGAGCGAUGAUUGUUUUAUAGCUGCUUUCAAAAUAACAGCGCUUUUAUUCUCGUGUUGCUAAACUGCUUUGACAACAGUUGUAACCUCCUCAAUCAGAACAAGCUCUCCGUGCGGCGCUAGAAUUGUCGUUUAUUAGAAUAAAAAUAUAUAUGGGGAAUAUUAAAACAGCCAAUAGUCAAGUCUGUCAGAAAACAAAAAUAAACGCCAUGCAAUUUGAAUAUCUAAGAUUUGUGAUGAGGAGGAUGGAUCAAAGGGAGUGGAAAGACAUAAGAAAGGCCAUUAGAAAUACAACCUAAAGCGAGCGUGAUUUCUCUGUUUGGAAAAGUGAGUGAAGACACGAACACAUCAAAACACGAUAAUGAGAUAAGGGUUAAGAUACAGACAGACUGAGGAAGGUUUAUUUGAGAAAAAAAAGGUAUAGGUCCAUAUAAGGAGUAAGGGAUCUACAAUGGGGUUGAUGUGCAGCAGAUUUAUGAUUUUGGGUGCUUAUUGUUGAAAUGUCACUUUAUAGAUUAUACAUCUUAAAUUACUUUGCUUAAAUGUUUUUGUUGGCAAUUUGAAAUUUGUCAAAUGUUCUAUGUAUAUAAAAUCUAUGUUUGUC